AUGAAAUUACGUUCAUAUCUUUCCACCUGCUCCGCCACCAUCUGCACAGCUACUGACGACGACACGACCACCAUAACACAUCGACAAAAGUAUGGAGCACCGCCAGGUAAACUCCUAUUCUCCGACACAAGCAGUAGCAUCUCCGAUACUACCACCACAGCCACCAGUCCAUCCCUCGACACCAGUUACAGUUACAGCAGCAGCCUCCACAGCAACCUCUCUCUUCAAACUCUACCCUCCGUCCCUUCCCUCCAGAAACUCUCCCCUGAUACUCUCAACCUCGCCGUCUCCCAUGGCUACCUAACCUCCCUCAAACCCUCCCCACCCGGACGAGUCAACUACCUUGCCGUCCAUAACCACCUCCUCUACGCCGCCUCCGGCAACCUCAUUCACGUAUUCGAUACGGCAUCAUUCGCGCUACUGGAUGUCUUCAGCGUCAACGACUCUUCAUCUGGUUCAGUUAAAUCUGUUGCGUUUCACAACGGAAAAGUUUUUACUGCUCAUCAAGAUAGUAAGAUCCGAGUAUGGAAAUUAACAGAAAACAAACGUCACAAACACGCCGCGACGCUGCCGACGAUGGAGGAUCGGUUGCUGAGAUCGGUUUUAAAUAAAAAUUACGUGAAUGUCCGUCGUCAUAGACGGCGGUUAUGGAUCGAACACCACGACGCCGUCACUGGACUAGCGAUGAUAGAUAAUCAGCUAAUGUGUUCGGUUUCAUGGGAUAAAUACUUGAAAAUCUGGAAAACUUCAAACUUCCGAUGUGUGGAGAGUAUCAAAGCACACGACGACGCAAUCAACGCCGUCGUGGUGGCAACAGACGGCACUAUUUACACCGGAUCCGCCGAUCGCCGGAUUAAAGUAUGGGGGAAACUGUUUGGCGAGAAGAAACAUGGACUCAUUGCCACGUUGGAGAAGCACAAGUCAGCUGUCAACGCACUUGCUCUAAACGACGUCGGAUCAGUGCUGUUUUCAGGCGCCUGUGACCGGUCAAUCUUGGUGUGGGAAAAGGAAGACAGUGCAAACCAUAUGGCGGUGACCGGAGCGUUGCGGGGCCACAGUAAAGCAAUACUUUGUCUCAUCAACGUCUCAAAUUUAUUAUUCAGUGGGUCCGCUGAUCGAACGGUUAGGAUUUGGCAACGUGGGUCCCACGGCAAGUUUUGUUGUUUGACUGUAUUGGACGGGCAUACAGAGCCAGUCCGAUCGUUGGUGGCGGAUACAGAUUCAUCAGAAGAAUCUGUAUCUGUAUCAACAGUAACAGUGUUUAGCGGAAGUUUUGCGGGUGAAAUUAAGCUAUGGAAGGUUGAGGUCUCGAAUAUUGCAAGUCCGAUGUCAAGUCAUCUAUCUAAACUCAGACCAUGA